GUCGAAGGCCUGCAAAGAGAAGGAGACCAGGUGAAGGGUGUCCUGGUGAAUGGCGAGGUGGUUCCGUGCGACGUCCUCGUGGUCGCCAUGGGCCCCUGGUCCGUCCUCUUGGAAAAAUGGCUUCCCGAGGUCAAAGUACCUAUGGAGGGUGUUCUCAGCUCGUCGCUCCUCUUUCGGAUGCCGAGGCUGGUGGAGCCUCCCUGUGCCCUCUUCUGCCAGGAGGACGAUUUCGGCUGCCACCUCGAGGUCAACCCGCGCAAAGACGGAACCGUGUACGUUUGCGGACUGGGAGGCUCUCGAUACCUUAAGGAGCCGGAUAUCGCCAAGCUUCCACCGGAGGACGUGAAGCCCAACCCCGUCCGUGUGAAGGCGGCCACAGAUUCCCUGAG